CGGCUGAGGGCAGCAUGGCGUCGGGGGAGCCGGGAGACGUGGGCUGUUACUACUUCAGGUUCCUGCCUCAGAAAACCUUCCCGUUUCUGAGCGCCCGGGAAACCACCAGCAGGCUUCGCCAGUGGUCGAUGCUGGGCAGAAUCGAGGCUCAGGCCUUCGGGUUUGACCAGACCUUUCAGGCCUAUCGGAAAGAUGAUUUCCUUCUGGCCUUUUUCAAAGACCCUAAUGUUAUUCCCAAUCUGAAGUUACUUUCAGAAUCUUCUGGACAAUGGAUUACAUUAGGAACUGAAGUGAAAAAAAUUGAGGCUAUAAAUGUUCCUUGCACACAACUUUCAAUGUCAUUUUUCAAUCGAUUGUAUGACGAAGAUAUUGUACGAGACAGUGGGCAUAUUGUUAAAUGUUUAGAUUCAUUUUGCGAUCCGUUUCUCAUUUCUGAUGAGUUACGCAAAGUUUUACUAGAAGAAGACUCAGAAAAGUAUGAAAUAUUCAGCCCACCAGAUAGAGAAGAGUUCCUGUUUUGUCUUUUUAAACAUCUUUGCCUUGGUGGAUCCCUUUGUCAGUACGAGGAUGUGAUUAACCCGUAUUUGGACACAACAAAGCUUAUCUAUAAGGACCUGGUGAGUGUUCGGAAGAAUCCUCAAACCAAGAAAAUACAAAUCACCUCUUCAGUCUUUAAAGUUACAGCCUAUGAUUCUACUGGUAUGUGUUACCCUUCAACAAAGCAUCAUGAACAGACAUUUUCUUACUUUAUUGUGGAUCCCAUGAAGCGCCAUGUUAAUGUUUUAUACCACUGUUUUGGUGUGGGGGAAAUGUCUUGAUUCUCUGUCACAUUAUCUAUGUCUAUUAUUUUUAAAUUAGCUUUUUUUCUGUUACUAAUGUUAAACAUUUACCAUGCAAAUUAAUUUAAGGAACACCUUAAAGAAUUAAUUAAAGCAGAAGAAGAACACCAAGAUGUCUUCUGUCUUCACGAUUGUAACAGGAAACUAAACCUCUCUACCAUUGAUCAUUAAUGUGAAUUGUUAGCUUUGCAUGAGAUUCAUUUAAGUGUAAUUUCUUCAUUACAUUCGUGUCUACAUUUACCAUCCUUUUGCCUCAUUGGUCUACUUACCGUCCUCAGUAAGCAAGCUUCUGAUAGGAUUUUCAAACUCUUAUCACCUAGUAGCACUUAGGCUUCCUUUAGCUGACACAAGGAUAAUAUGU